GUACCUGUUAUCAGCCUCCUUAUCUCCCGCUCACCGAUCACGUGGUCGUAGAGACGUGGCCCCAAACCGUAACAAUCGGAGACUUUAACGUAAAAUCGCCCGAAUGGCACAGCAUGACCACCACCACGCGAGGCAGGGUGCUUCUGCAAUUCUUGCAGAACCACGAGGACGUUGCAGCGUACGGACCCGAUGGACCGACGUACUACGGUGCAGUUGGAAGACCAGACGUAUUGGAUAUCACUUUGCUCAGGGCAAUAUCGAUGGCUGCCGAUCUGGCGAUGCACUACGAGGGGGCGACGAGCCAUGCCACCAUUCUCCUAACCCUAGGAAACGAGGGUCGCGGCGAGGACACCGUUGCCAAGCGGCGGACCGACUGGGGCGUAUUCCGCGCAGAAAUGCAACGAAUAUGCGCACCCAUUCCGGUCAUCCGCGACGCAGCGGACCUCGAGGCUGUCCUCGCGAACCUUGAGAUGGAUAUCCACACCGCCUUGGAAGCCAGCACCAUGGAGAAGACGGAGAGGAGGAUAGCGAACUAUGCAGGUGUGUUACCUCUUAUGCUGCAGGACCUAAUCAGGGAAAGACGUGCGGCGAAAAGAAGAGCCAGGAGGACAGCACACCCCCUGGAUAAGCAGACGUUAAACCAGCUGAACCGGAAGGUAAAAGCGUCCCUAGAGGAGCACUACCAGGACUCGUGGCAACGACAUCUAGAGUCACUGAACCCCGAAGACCGCAGCCUGUGGACGAUGCAAAGGGCGCUGAGGACCACCCGGAAGCCUAUGCCUCCGAUUCACAGAGAGAACGGGAUCGUCUACACUAGGUAUGAAAAGGCCGAGGCAUUCGCCGACAACCUCGAAUUACAGUGUAGGGAAAACUUUCACGCCGACGAAGACGAGGACCACGCCGACGAGGUGGAACGACGCGUACGGCGCUACAAACGCCAACCCGACAGGAACGACAUCAGACGGGCGACAUCCUAG